GGACAAAAGCAAGAUGCCAAGAUUUGGUUGGACCACUAAAUUCCUGAAAAAGAAAACUUAACAUAACUCAAAUAAUAGCUUUGCUUUGAUCACGAUCCAGAAGACAAAUCCCAAGAGGAACAGCUCAAGGGGUUCAACCCGGAGAAGAGAAAGCUGAGAGAUGAGAUGAUUGAAGACGGAGUGGCCUUCUUUUCUUCAGAUUUGAAUGGAAGAAUCAGAAUUAUCAGAUUCAACUUACAAUAAAUAAGAUUCCAGCCAAUGAUGAACUUCCUCAUGUUUCUUCUGAGGCCAAUGUCCCAUGUCCACCUCUCCCUUACUGGUCUCCUGGCCACUGCCUUCUUUUUGCAAGCAAUAGACAAAGCAGUAUCAAGCUGCCCAAAUGGCUGGAUGUCAUACCAAAGACACUGCUAUGGACUCUUCACAACAAAGCUAUCUUGGAUGGAAGCAGAGAAAGACUGCCAGAGCCAUGGCUCUACUGGCCACCUUGCCUCUAUCAACUCAGAGAUGCAAAAUAAUAUGAUAAAAAUGUAUAUUGACUACAACUUCAAUGGUGAUGGACUUUGGAUUGGACUCUUUGAUCCUGAUCAGAAAGGAGCGUGGCAAUGGUCUGACCACUCAGCGGUCAGUUACCUGUCUUGGAACGGCGGCAAACCCAUCUAUAAUGACCAAAAGGCCUGUGUCCAUCUCUCAAGCAAAUCAGCGUUUACAAGAUGGAACGAUGCUCCCUGUUCCAUGCGGAUGAGCUACGUGUGCAAGGUGGAACUCUACUCACACAGAAGUGUUUGUACCUGCUUUCCUGUGUUGUGCCCUUCCUCCCAUGUGGAGUUUUUAAAUGAAGAGAGACAACCUGGCUGGAAAAAGAUUCAACAACUGAGUACAAACUUUGCUUUGGUUGCAAAUAUUAACUCACUUGGGAUCCAAAAGAUCCAAAAGCAAGUGCUGAAGGGAAAAUAUUUGCCAUCAUUUCAAACAGGACCAACAAGGACAAGUGGACAAGUACAAAUGCAGUCAAUGACGUUCCUCCACCUCUCCCUUUUUGGCCUCCUGGUCUCCAGCUUCUUCUUACAAGGCAUUGAAACAGUAAGCUGCCCUGCAUCUUGGUUGGAAUACAAGGAUAAGUGCCGUGGGAUCUUUACUGAGAAGAAAACCUGGUCAGAAGCAGAGGUUGCAUGCCAACAAUAUGGCCAGAAUAGCCACCUGGCCUCCUUUCUCUCAGCGCAAGAAAAUACCAUGGUGGCUCAGUUCAUUAUUGCCAACUAUCCAGGCAUAGAAAGUGUCUGGAUUGGAUUUCAUGACCCCAAAAAGAAUGGAAGAUGGAAAUGGACAGAUUUAGCAACCACCAACUUCAGGCCUUGGAAAAUUGGGGAGCGAAUAGAGGCAUCCAGUGAGAAAGCUUGUGUCUAUAUGGUAGGCUCAGAAGGUUUCAAGGGAUGGAUGAACGAUGAUUGCAAAGUCAAGAGGCCCUAUGUCUGCAAGAUGAGGUAGAAAGAGCGGACAGCCAGCUUUGCAAUCAGAGUCUUGCAUGCAUCCGUUUCCCCUUGUCUAUAUCUUCUAUAUCCAUAAAUAAAAGUGAAAACCCGUA